AUGCAUGAUAUGUUGGGGUUGGCAAUUGAUGGAGAAGACAUCAAUGAGUUGUCAUUGUGUGAUAAGGGAAAUCAAAUUCUGGAAGAAUGGAGGGGACAAUAUAGUUGUGAUAAUUUCAAUAGUGAGGAGUAUUUAAGAAGGAUUCAGGCUACAACAAAGGAUAGUUUGAUGUUUAGGCUUAUUUUUUUGACCCUUUUUGUAAACAACUUCAUAGACUCAAUUUUGAUGGGAACAAAUCAAAUAAAAGUGGUAAGGAAGUUGGUGUUGGUAGAAGACUUUUCAAAGUUAAAUUGGUGUAAAUAUAUGCGAGAUUGUUUGGGAUCAAGAAAAAAACUAUGCAAAAGGGGUGACAAAUCAAGCUACUAUAGUGGUCCUAUUACACUCCUGAUUUUGGUGUACGUGUAUAACAUGAAGUAUUCUAUCAAGUUAGAUAAAAGGCUUCCAUUUAUUGGGCAUAUUAAUGGUGGUAAUUUAUUAGAGAUUCAACGCUUGGAAAUCAGUUUGGGAGGGUUCGGGAGGCAGUUUCGGGAUAAGCAUGAUGAUGUUGAUAUGAGGGAUGAAACAGGAGGUGAAGAACAAAAAUGCUCAACUUUAAGAGGGAUUUUGGAGAUGAGCAUGAUGAUGUCGAUACGAGGGAUGAAACAGGAGGCAUACGUUGCUGUUAUAGGGCAUAGUUAUGGGGUAAUUCUAAGAGAGAAAAGUACUAUGGAGGUUGCAUUAAAGGAUGGUUUGGAAAAAUUCCCUGAUAGUGUGGUGCUGAAUGAGUAG